GCCGGGCCGUAGCUUCUGGAAGCCGUAGCCUCCGGAAACUUCCAUCUCCAGGAAACGGGUUUUUUUUCCUGGAUUGUGUCCUGACGGGAGUCUGGUCUCCGCCCUCCCCCGGCUUCGAAGGUGGUAGGGCCCACUUCCGGGUUGCUGCUCAGCGGCUGGAAAUCUCGCGAUGGAGCUGGGAGGUACCCCUCAGGGAGCCCCCCAGGGAGAAGACUGCCCCCCUGUGAGCUUGAAGGAGCGGCGCUGGGGGCUCCUCCUGACUGGGCUUGUUGGGGGGACGCUGGCGGCCGUGUACGCAGUAGCUGUCCCCUUUCUGGCGCCUGCCCUGCGGUCGGUGUGCCUGCCUUUCGUCCCCGCAACGCCACGGCAGGUGGACAAUGUUGUGCGCAUGCUGCGCGGUCGGCGUGGGACCCUGGUGGACAUCGGCAGUGGCGACGGGCGCCUGGUGGUCGCUGCAGCUAAGGCUGGCCUCCCUGCCGUCGGCUAUGAGCUCAACCCCUGGCUGGUUUGGUUCUCCCGAUACCGCGCCUGGCGAGAAGGCGUGCGAACCUCUGCCACAUUUCACAUUUCAGACCUGUGGAAGGUCUCCUUCUCCCAGUUCUCCAACGUGGUCAUCUUCGGAGUUCCUCAGAUGAUGCUGCAGCUGGAGAAGAAACUGGAGCUGGAACUUCAGGACAAUGCCAGAGUCAUUGCUUGCCGCUUCCCCUUUCCAAGCUGGACCCCAGACCAUGUCACCGGGGAGGGGACAGACACGGUGUGGGUGUACGAUGCGAGCACCUUCAGGGGGAGAGCGAGAGGACCUGGGACACUGGUGCCCCCUCCCAAGCGGGUUUCCUGAAGCGCCGGGCUUGUGCGAGGGCCAUGUUCUCAGCACACGCCACCCUCCUGGACAUGCAUGCUAAAGCUGGAGGGCGGCGGAAAGCACUCCCUCCGUGUGGUGUUCCGAGGAGUGUUCUCGCAGCCUCUCUGUGCAGGUAGAUGCGUGCAGAGGGAGCAAGUGCAAUGUGAGCAGGAUGGAAGCGCGCUUCAGAUGAGAAGACGGGGGUGUUCAGAGCCAUCCAGAGUUACAAAGAGUUGCUGUUUCCCACAGCUGCAAAAGGAAGGAAUAAAGUUUAGUCAUUCUUA